AUGUCGCAGGUUAAGCGUGAAUAUAAGGUACGAAUCUGGUCUGCCGAGACAAUGGCCAGCAUAGAGGGUAAGACCACGUUUGCUAACGAGAGAGUGAUCGUCCCUUCUAUGGGAGAAACUGACUCUCGUAAUGGCACCGUUCACGAACGACGUCUGAGCGCAGCGCAAUGGGAGAAGUUUGGCGAAACGAAACGAGGUCUAUCACCGCGACACGUCCAGUUGAUGGCCAUUGGAGGAUCUAUUGGGACAGGUCUUUUCGUUGGUAUUGGUGGUGUCCUGAGCAAUGCUGGACCAUUGUCGCUACUACUGGGUUAUUGCUUCUGGGGUAUCCUCUUCAUCUGGCCGUGUAAUCUCUGCACUGGAGAGAUGUGUGCCUAUCUGCCGAUCAAAGGUACUGUCUUCGAGCUUGCUUCUCGUUUCGUCGAUCCAGCACUGGGUUUCGCGAUGGGCUGGACCUAUUUCUUUGCAGGCGCUAUGUUAGUCUGUGUCGAAUACUCGGCAGUGGCUACUGUCAUGGGGUACUGGUCUGAUAUCAAUCCUGCUGUAUGGGUUGCGAUGGCAUUGGUUGUCUGUACGCUUCUUAACGUCGUGGCAGUCAAGUACUAUGGGGAGAGCGAGUUCAUUAUGGCUUCGACUAAGAUCUUGCUGAUCAUUGGCCUGAUCCUGCUCACAUUCAUCACUAUGCUCGGUGGAAACCCUAGAAAUGAUCGUUAUGGCUUUCGGUACUGGACGAAUGGGAAUGCCAUGCAUCCUUACUACACGGACGGGACUACGGGGAGAUUUCUCGGUUUCUGGUCAGUGGUGAUAUAUGCUGCAUUCACCGUUGGAGGGCCUGAUUUUAUUGCACUUGCUGCUGGCGAGAUCGUCAAUCCACGUAAAACAAUUCCCAAGGUCGCACGUUUAAUAUUCUGGCGUCUAGUUGGAUUCUAUAUUCUUGGUGUGUUCGCCGUUGGCAUCAUUUGUUCUUCACGAGAUACUCGUCUACUCGGUGCACUUGAAGACGGUGCUGUCGGUUCUGCAGCCUCUCCAUGGGUCAUCGGCAUCCAGAAUCUAGGAAUCUCCGGUCUACCCGACCUCAUCAAUGCACUCAUCCUUCUCUCCGGCUGGAGCUGCGGCAACGCAUAUCUUUACAGUUCAUCCCGUACACUCUACGGCCUGGCACGGGAUGGACAAGCGCCAAAGUUCCUGAUGAAGUGCACGAAGUCAGGUGUUCCUCUGUAUGCCGUCCUUGUGGUACAGCUCAUCUCCUGCGUCACAUUCCUCGUCUCCUCCAACAGUGCCGUCGAGGUAUUCUAUUGGUUCGUUGGUCUCACGACCUGCGCCCUCAUUGCCACCUAUACCGGUAUGCUAUGGACCUAUAUUGGCUGGCACAAAGCGAAACGGGCACAAGGUCUGAUGGACUCCACAUUACCGUACAUCGCACCCCUCAACCCUUACGCAGCAUACUUUGCGAUCGUGAUUGGUUGUCUGACGAUGCUGUUCAUCGGCUUCGAUACAUUUGUUCCAUGGUCGACUCAAGGAUUCGUUACAAGCUAUUUUGGGCUCGGCUUCGCCGUCGCGAUGUUCUUGUUGUGGAAGAUCGUCAAGAAAACGAAGUUUGUCAGGCCUGAACAUGCAGAUUUAAUCAGUGGUAAGAAGGAGAUCGAUGAAGAGUGUAAGCACUGGGAAGAUGGUGGGUAUGAGGAGAACUACAGGAGGAGCCUGGCGCAGAUGAACUUCUUUAAAAGGUGCUGGGUGAGGAUGUGGUAG